AUGUCUGUAAAUUACAUACCUCGAGUAACUCAACUGGAUGCUGUGCAGCUAGAUAGUCAAUUGGAAGAACUUUUCAAACAAUUACUAUUUGAAGUUACUAAGUACAUAGAGCCUCGUUACAUUCAGCCAAUUCUUCCAGAGCUUGAACUUUUAAUAAGGACAUGGAUUUUCAAAUAUUCAGUAUAUGAUCAUAAAAGUACAUUUGGACAGCAGAUGCUGUCAUUGAACUACAAAACAGACUAUUUUACAAGAAGUAAACUGUAUUGGUACUUUGGUUAUACAGUUGGAUUGAAGUACCUUAGAGAGAGAGCCAUUUAUAGUUUCACUUCAAACACUAAAGUCCAGAAUAUUGUAAAUAAAUUAGAAACAUUUCAAUUGAUCGCAGACAUAUUUAACUUCUGUAGGUUCAUACAGACUGGGAAAUAUCCACAACUCAUCGAUUACAUAUUAGGAAUUCAAUUGUCUGCUGAAGCAUGGACUAGGGAAGAUUUAACCGAUUUAUCCUGGACCAGAGAAUUGCUAUGGCACAACUUUAUUGAGUUGCUUGGUACAACAAUAUCGUUAAUAAAUAUAUUUGGCUUGAGAAGUAAACUGUCUGGCCUGCUGAAGUAUGUUUGGUGGAGACAACAUGUGAAGUCCUCUGGCACAAUGACCAUGCCCAUAAUGACUUUGCAAACAAUCUGUGCGUGCUGUGAGAACCCACCAGUCCUACCACACACUAUGGGCUGCAGUCACAUAUUUUGUUACUACUGUGUAGUGGCCAAUAAAACAGCUGACUCGGAUUAUGCAUGUCCAAAGUGCUAUUAUAAUGGAAAAGAUGUUAAGAAGUUUGUAAAGACAUAA